CCUUCUGUCACAAACUCUGUAAGAAAUACAAUCGUAAAAACUACCUCCGAGUGAGACGAAGGUAUUUUUCAAGCAAUCCAAGAGAGUUUAAGUUKCUAUUGCACGGACCAGAAAACAAMAARAACAAACAAUAACUGCCUGAUCGCAGAGAAACGAGAUAAUGAUGUCAGGGUCCACGAGACAAACCAUCGUCACGGUCCUGUUUCUGUGGAGUGCAUGCCUCGCUCCUCUCUCCAUGGCGGCCCAGAAGCAGCCGGAAGAAUAUCAGCAGCGCCUAGUGGACUGGCUCCUGGAAGAUCCAACUUCUUUCUUCCACCCGUCCAUACGCUUCCGGCGCUUGGGCCCCGACGGGGAAUCGGGCCCCUACGCCUACCACGCCACGGAAGAUAUCCCAAAGGGGACCCCGCUGAUCGUCCUUCCCCGGAAGUAUGUCAUAGAGAGCCACCAGCCCGUGGAGAUUGGACGCAACCCCGGCCCCCGAGACUGUGUGACGGUGCAGAAAAUGCUAGAGGAAUACGAAAAAGUGAAGAACAGCAAAAAAGACCCUUCGACUCCGUCGUCGUUUUACGAGCCAUACYUGUCCUAUUUGUUCGACGACACGGUGGGUGGAACCUCGCGCGGGUUGCUCCCUACCACUUGGUCACCGGAAUCUAAGGAAAUCCUAGAACUCAUCCUCGAGCCCCAAGGGGAUUACUACACACUGGAGCCAGAAAUUUUUGAGCAUCCGUUCGUAUCGACGUACUGCCCCGAAAACAAGUUAUUUCAGUUUUCGAUUCUCCAGGACGAUGGCAGCGACGACAACGACGACGACGACGAAGAUGAUGAUCUCUACACCGAAAAGGAAUUAGACGAGCUUAUCGAGACCAUCAAGGUCCAGGACGCCUUUUUGUUUCUCAAGUCGCGGGGAUGGGACGACAAGCUACUCCCGCUGGUGGACAUGUUCAACCACCGAAACGGGCCGCAGCGCAACGUUGAGGUGACCUCCGUGCACGACGGAGGCGGCGAUAUUGCCGCCUACACCACCCGAGACGUUGCCGCCGGGGAGCAGCUGCAGUACACCUAUUCCGAGUGUUUCGAUUCGACUUGUGCGUACAGCGCAGUCAUGUACAACUACGGCUCCCAGCCAAUCCUGGCGGACUACGGAUUUGUGGAACUGUAUCCCCAGCGCUGGUAUCUAGGGGGUGCCGACGACGAUGUUGUCGCACCCGAGGCCGACGACGACGAUUACUCUACCGUGGUGGACGAUGGAAAAGUCCAGGACCUCACCGUCGAGGUUACCACGGACGAGAACGACGACUCCAAGAUUGUGUUGCGUUGGAUCUUCCGGACGCCCAACACGGCGUCGCUCCAAUGGAUCAAGGAGCAGCUGGAUCGGCUGAAAYYCAUCGAGGCCGAGGUCACCAGGCGAGUGGAGGGUCUGGGCACCAUUUACGAGAAGGGGCACCCGAUCACCGACCUCUACAACCUGGAGCACGAGGGGGAAACACUCCUGGAUUACCACCGGGCCUACGUCCAGGUUCUCGAGCUGGCUCUCAAGCACGCGGACGACCCCGUCGCCGUGACGGCUGAAAACCACAGAGACCACAUGGUGGAGCUGAGGCGGACGGUGACGCAGUGGACCGUUGAUGAGCUCCGAAAGCACGAGCUGCUGUCGUCGUCGUCCUCCCGGAACGGGGCCGACGAGCUGUAAACGCCCAAAAACCUAGGGGCAACAACGGAGCUGCGCGGCUUGCACGACCGCAAAAAAAGUUCUUCUUUUCUUGGAACUCGCUGUAGCCAUAAGCUGCAAGAAGAAAUCGUGACUAGCAGCAAUGGCAGUGCCCAUCUGUAUUGCAUCACAUCUGCAAUCAAACGAAAGGAAAUACUAUCAUUUCUAGCUUUGUCAUCACAUAUAGAUCUGAUCGAACGAGCCGAAAGGCGGAUCAUCUUUUUAUCCAAUGGUAGUAAAUUCUAGCCUGUGAU